AUGACGGAUGAAAAAUUACCACCCACGACAGCAUCGUCUGCUUCAAGUACAAUGCAUGAGAAAUCUGACGCAGAACAAGCAAAUCUGGAACGCGAAGCUAUGACAACAUCGGGUGCUGGAUCGACGGAAAAAACUCCUCAAGCUAUAACUUCGGUUCAGGAAGGGGACAACAAUAACCCGAUAGAGUUAAAUAGGACGAGAAGUGCAGCGGACGUACAACAAGAGGAGUUGAACAGGGUUAUGACAAGUGCAGAUGGUGUAGAAUAUCCAACUGGUGUCAAGUUACAGUUGAUUACGUUGGCAUUAUGUUUAUCGGUUUUCUUGAUGGCAUUGGAUAAUUCCAUUAUUGCAACAGCUAUUCCUAAGAUUACUGAUCAAUUUCACUCAUUGGACGAUGUUGGUUGGUAUGGAUCUGCAUACCUUCUCACUACUGCUUCCUUCCAACUUCUUUUUGGGAAAUUCUAUUCAUAUUUCUCAAUAAAAUGGGUUUACCUCAUCGCAAUUGGUAUCUUCGAGCUCGGUAGUUUGAUCUGUGGAGUUGCGCCAAAUUCGGUUGCCUUGAUCAUCGGUAGAGCUAUUGCUGGUUUGGGAAGUGCUGGAAUCUUUUCAGGUGCUUUGAUUAUCGUCGCAUAUUCCGUACCUUUGAUCAAGAGACCGAUGUUUACUGGGUUCAUUGGAGCUAUGUAUGGUAUUGCCUCUGUAGCUGGACCAUUACUUGGAGGUGUAUUCACUGAUAAAGCAACUUGGCGUUGGUGCUUCUUCAUCAAUCUUCCUAUAGGAGCUGUCACUGUUAUUGUUAUCUUGAUUUUCUUCAAAGCUCCCGAUAGAGCAGCUGUUGCGGAACUUCCAUGGAAAGAGCGUGUAAAGGAAUUCGAUCUUCUCGGUACCGCAUUCUUCAUUCCAGCUAUCAUCUGCCUAUUGCUCGCACUUCAAUGGGGUGGAACCAAAUACCAUUGGGAUAAUGGUCGUAUCAUCGCACUCUUCGUACUCUUCGGAAUACUAAUAGGAGUAUUUAUCGCCAUCCAAUUCUGGAAAGGAGACAGCGCCACCGUACCACCCAACAUCAUGAAGAAGCGAAGCAUGUGGUCAGCUGCAUGGUUCUCUUUCUGUCUCGGAUCAUAUUUCCUCCUUCUAAUCUACUAUCUUCCUAUUUGGUUCCAAGCCGUCAAGGGUGAUUCGGCUGUCAAAUCUGGUAUUUCUAACAUACCAAUGGUGUUGACAUUGGUAAUUGUUAGUAUCAUCUCUGGAGUUGGUGUCACAACAAUCGGUUAUUACGCACCAUUCAUGAUCAUUUCUUCAGUAAUCGCAGCAAUUGGAAUCGGUCUCUUAACCACCUUCAAACCUGACACCAACCACGCAGCAUGGAUCGGCUACCAAUGUCUCGCUGGUAUCGGUAUCGGCUUUGGUAUGCAACAACCUCUCAUUGCAUGUCAAACCGUCCUCGAUAUCUCACAAGUCCCAACCGGUACCUCCGUCAUCAUCUUUGUACAAACCCUUGGUGGAGCCCUCUUCGUCUCUAUCGGUCAAAACAUCUUUACAAACAAACUUUCUGAAAAUUUGGCACAUUUUGUACCAGAUUUAGAUCCUGCUGUUGUUUUAAACACAGGUGCUACUAGUAUCCAGAAAGACAUCGCUCCACAAUAUUUGGCCGGUGUAACGAUUUCUUAUAAUAAUGCAUUGACGCAAUCAUUCCUGGUGGCGGCUGUUAUGGCUGCUCUGACUAUUAUUGGUAGUCUAGCCGUUGAGUGGAAGAGUGUCAAAGGAAAGAAAAUUGAGAUGGCGGCUGCUUAA